CGCGACGCCCACCACCUUGCCGGAAAUGGCAAUGGGGGCCGCGACCCAAUCACUCGCCACCCGGCUCGCCUCGUCCUUUUAACCCCACCCCCCGCGCCUCUCGCCUCCCAUCCCCGCCUGCGCCCUCCUCACCUUUCCCCUCCUCCGCUUUCGCUUUUGCUCGGCUCGAUCGGGGAUCGGAGAGCAGCUAGCAGCAGCUCCGGUGGUGUGGGUGGUGCUGAGGUAGCUGCUGCCAGCUGGGGGCAAGCUAGCUGGAACAAGGGUUGGGAGCCAUGGGGAGGGGGCGGGUGGAGCUGAAGCGGAUCGAGAACAAGAUCAACCGCCAGGUCACCUUCGCCAAGCGCCGCAACGGCCUGCUCAAGAAGGCGUACGAGCUCUCCGUGCUCUGCGACGCCGAGGUCGCGCUCAUCAUCUUCUCCAACCGCGGCAAGCUCUACGAGUUCUGCAGCGGGCAGAGCAGCAUCACCAAAACACUUGAGAGGUACCAAAAAUCCAGUUAUGGUGGACCAGAUACUGUGAUACAGAACAAGGAGAAUGAGUUAGUGCAAAGCAGUCGCAACGAGUACCUCAAACUGAAAGCAAGGGUGGAAAAUUUACAGAGGACUCAGAGAAAUUUGCUCGGUGAAGAUCUUGGGACACUUGGCAUCAAAGAGCUUGAGCAGCUUGAGAAGCAACUUGAUUCAUCCUUAAGGCACAUAAGAUCCACAAGGACACAGCAUAUGCUUGAUCAGCUCACUGAUCUUCAGAGGAGGGAGCAUAUGCUGUGCGAAGCAAAUAAGUGCCUUAGAAGAAAGCUGGAGGAGACCAGCAGCCAAGUGCAUGGGCAGCAGGUGUGGGAGCACGGUGCCAACUUGCUUGGCUACGAGCGGCAGUCCCCACAGCAGGGCCCGUCGCAUGUUAGCAACGGAUUCUUUCAUCCCCUGGAAGUUGCCCCCGAGCCAACCCUGCAGAUUGGGUUCGCUCCUGAGCAUAUGAACAACUUCAUGCCUACAUGGCUACCCUGAAGAUGGGCCGGGAAGGAAGGAAAUAAAAACAUUGUGAUAUGUCACAUGCAUGCGCGUGGUGCUCUGCUGCAAGAGUGGCCGCUGUGUGUUCCAGUCACAUAUAUGUCGUCGCCUGUCCGUGUCAAUGUGUGGAAAACAAAUUAAUAUUUGUGAUUUUGUGAUAUGUGUAAGCGCGC